UUUACCUCGUGAUUCACCCUAGUGAGUUGCUCUCGCCUCGUUCUCAUUCUGGGGCCUGCAAGCGCCUCUACGCGGCGAGCUCGCCGGAACCCUAGCCCCGAUCAUCCCACUAGCGCAGUUCCUAAAGCCCUCUCCGCCCUCUCCCCACGGACAUCGGCGUAGGUUUCAAUUUUUCGGGGUGUUCAAGUUAGCUAUAUUCCAAGGGUUGCGAUAUGAUUUUUGGAUGAGAUGGCUGCAAAAAUUGAUCAAGCAUCUUCUGCUGAGCCCAGUCAUGCCCUUUCCAUUGGACCAUCGGCUAUAGCUGCGGCAAGCAGCCCUAGGGUCUCUAUGUUUGUGGCAAAAUCUGGAUUUGUUAUACCAAAGAAUAAGUUGUCAGGGUCUUUAGUUCCCAUCUAUAAGAGCGGCGGCAAAGCAGAUGCUGGUGAUACAGGUAAAGAAGAAACUGCCAAACAAGUUCAGAGGAAAACAAAGUGGGGUGCUGAUCUCACACAAGAUGCUGCUGUUAGGAAAGGAAGAGCUCUAGCAUAUCAGACUCGGGUUGAGCAAAUUACCAAGCAAUUGAAGACCAAGUCUCUGGAGGGUGUGGACGAUCAUAAUUCUUCGCCAAACAAGGCUUCGGAAAUUGAGCCUGUUAGCCAACAGAAACAUGAGUGUUCCCAACUUGAUUUGCAGUCCAAGAAAUUUGAGCAAUUGGAAUCGGAGAAACGUGAAAUCAUUGGUGAAUUACUACGUUUGAAUCCUAGUUAUAAGGCUCCAUCUGAUUACAAGCCAUUGUUAAAAGAGGCCAAAGUUCCUAUUCCUAAUAAAGCAUACUUGCCAUACAACUUUAUUAGCUUAUUGUUGGGACCCCAAAGCAAUACACAGAAAAGACUGGAGCAAGAAACUGGAGCUACUAUUCAUGUUUGUGGAACUAAAUCUGCUACAGGAGAGAAGCAUUUGAUUACUCAAUCAGAGAUUAAAGAGGCUCAGGAUUCUUUCGAGGACCUACAUGUUAGCAUCUCUGCUGACACGUAUGAGAAAAUUGAUGCUGCAGUUGCACUGAUUGAGCUGCUUCUUACCCCUGUAUCUGGUAGUCUGGCUGCUGCUUCAACAAAUCCUUCUUCCUCUGCUGGGAACACUGUGGACAUCAGUGGACCAAACCAUAUUGUCUCAACUUCUGGUUAUGGGAUGAUGCCUAUUGGUGCUCAAGGUAUGCCACAACCAACUCCGGUGCGAAUGCUAUCGGUCUCGCCUCAGUUCCAGUCAUAUCCUGGUUCUUGGUUUCGACCUACUUUGCUUAGUGCUCAACUGAAUCCAUCAUCUGGAUUUGUAGCCCCCCCUAUAGCGACUACAUCCAUAAGUUUUCCUGCAUCAUCUAACAAUCCUUUCAAUUUGUCCACACCUUUUCAGUGUCCUCCUAUAGGUCCAGUUCCAAGAAUCCCAUCUACUCUCUCUGGGCCUCAAAUAGCUGCUCAAGUCAUGCGGCAGCCUCCAAACUUACCUGUUCCUCCUCAAGGUCAACCCAUUCAUGGCCAACAACCACCCCAGCCAGCAUAUUCUACACUGCCACAGCCUGCCUUUCCCGCAACACAACCAAUGUCUGCCGGUAUACCAUCUUCAUGGUCAUCAGUGGCGGUUAAUUCCCAGUCUAGGCCAAUUACUCCUUCAGGGCCACCACCUAACAUGCCAUUAACUGCACCAUCCCCUGCAUUACCUACAAUGCCAAGGCCUCAGCAACCUGUUUAUCCAUCAGCAAUUACUUCGCUGCCUUCCCAAGUGAACCUAGUGAACCACAUGGCUUCUGUUGUGGCAAGUAGACCCCCUUCAGUAAAUUUCCCCCCUUCAGCUACCAUUCCUUCCCGAUCUUCAGUUGCUCCACCUUUCUCUUCAAUCACUCCUUUGCAACACACGUCUUCGACAGCGCAAGCAACAAUGCUGUCACAAUCUAUACCUGCUCCUGUUCCUCAUGCAUCACCACUUAUUGGUGCACCUGCCUUCAACUCUUCUCAAAUGAGACCACCUUCCCAAUCUUUUGCAUCUCAGACACCACUGCCUUCUGUCCUCAAUCCAGUGCUGGUUCCUGGACAAGCAUCAAGGCCUACUCAGCCACCUUUGCCAUCUCUGCAGUCCUCAACCUUAGGACCUGUUUCUGAUUCUAGCAAACCUCCUAUGGUCACCAAUUCCAUCCUUCCAUCAGUUGUAACUCCUCAACGUCAUCCUAGCUCAAUUGAUUUUACUUUUCAGCCUCUCCAAGGACAAGUUUCAGCUUCUCCAAAUAUUCAUUUGCCAAAUGUUCAGUCUGUAGCACAGAAUCCCAAUGCUUUGCCACCUGCUGGACCUCGAGCACCAUUACUGCGGCCAUCUAUGCAUAACAUGGCACCUUCAGUGGGCACCCAAGGUUUUGGUAGGCCAUUUGCUGUCAAUCAAGCAGUUCCACCAACCUUUGGUCCUACAGUCAGUUCUCAGCUUAGCCUCCCAUCUAUGGCUCCUGCUGCUCGCAUGACACCGCCAAGCUUUUCUCCAGCACCCCUAGCACCCAAUCUACAUAAUCCAUUGCUGACUCGACCACUGAAUUUACUGAACCCGCACCCGCAGCAGAAUCAGCCCCUUCCUCUGAACAGGCCAAGUAACCUUCAAACCCCAAAUUAUCAAUUCGGCAACAACCAGCUUGGCCAUGCUUUUGGUAAGCCCUUUCCAAGGACUCCCGGGAGUCAGUUCUAUGAUCCUUUCUCACCAACAUCAGUCUCUUCAGCCCCACAGCAGUUGGCAAAUGAUUUGACUAAGGAAAAGAAACCUGAGACUGAUGCAGAAUACGAGGAUUUGAUGGCCUCUGUGGGUGUGAGGUGAUCCUGCGAGUAGAGCUUAAGCUUGGAGCCAAUGUUCUCACUAAAGUUUAGCCUUACUAAACUGAGAGUUUUGCUGGAUAUAUGCAAUUCUUUUGUCUUGUGUUCAGUUCAAGGUAUGCAUUUUGUAUCAAACAGAGGUGAAUUUGUCAGCAUUAAUCUCUGCUAAUUCUCCUGACCAAAAAGAUGGGCGGCCUUCUGCAUUGAGAACGUCUAGAAGUACCUAUCUGUCUGUUCUUCCUUAUGAAUGUUAGUAUGAGAACCAAUGAAUUGCUCAUCUUUAAGUCAUGUGAAUGUGGGUGUCGAAAUCUGGUUGACAGGUGCUAAGUUUUACUUGUGUACAUUGAUUUCAAGCAUGAAAUUUUAUUUUGUGACAAUGUUAGUGUGAGAAAACUUAAACGUGGAUUUAAGUGGUUUCCAUACUGAUGUUCGUGUGAAGAACCGGCUGUUGUCAAUUGAUGCGAGUGCUGUGUUGAAUCAAUAGUCUUUGUA